CACACCGAGUUGCUUGGAUACUUGCUCCAUAGAAAUUGCACUCACCUUGCAAUUGAGACCCACUUUAUUAUGGUGGGGUAUGAUGAUAAACUCUAGGCUUGACCACUCAAGAUCAGUCUUAAUGCAACCGCAGAGAUUGUGAAGAAUUCCCAUAGUCUUGUUUAUCUACUUAUCCAUCGUAAAUGUUGGGAAAAAUAUGAGAGCUAUAACAGUGGAGUCGCGUGUUUACUUGUGGGUUUACACGUUGGUGUGGUCAGUGUUUAUCGCCCGGGGUCAAAUACCCGCGGAGAAUGAUUCUGUAAUUCAUAUUCUACCCGGCAUUAAGCUCACAGCCAUCGAGGAUGGAGUGACUAUUAAGAUCGAUGGUCAACCAUUCUGGGGAGUUGGUAGAACAGGGAGUCAUGGUAAUAAUACACCAUCUGGAUCAACGCAGAAGCGGCCGACGAUUCUCCAGAGGCUUGGCGCCAUGAUGAUGCUGGUGCCUCUGGUGAUGCAGCUACUCUCGUUGCCCGGUGCGCUUGCAUCGAUCAAGCUAUCGCUUUUGAAGAGUUUAAUCGUUGGGAAGGUGGCACUUGUCAUCAUGCUGUUCAACUUGUUGAAGAGUUUACGACCUCCUGAGGUCGUCGUGGUACAUCAGCCACCACCUGUUCACUAUGAUCACUACUAUUCACCAUAUGAGGACGACGGGGGUGACAAGGGCUGGUUCACCUGAUCACGCUUGUGCGAUACAUCUCUGUUGUUGAUAUUUUUUUUUUAAUAAA